CGCAAGUAGUGCUUCAGAAAUGGCGGCUGAUGCUGGCAGUUCUCCGCUACAGCUACCCUGCGUUUUUUCACCCAAAUCACGACAGUACUUAGCACUGUGUGCCCAGGAUGGCAGACUUCGCAUUUGGAACACAGAUAGCAGAACACUUCACCAAGAAUAUGUGCCUUCAGCCCAUUUGAGUGCCACUUGUACCUGCAUAACCUGGGGACCAUGCCGGAUAGUCAAGGAAGGGCCUCAGAGGAAGAAGAGGAAAUCGGAGGUAGGGCAGGUGGAGGAGAAGGCAGACCUGUUGGCGAUGGGCACAGCAGCAGGCACUGUGCUCAUCUACAGUACAGCAAAAGGAGCACUGCACUGUACCCUGGAUGGAGGCCAUAGUGGAGGAGUGAAUUGUGUCCAGUGGCACCCUGAAGACAGUUUAUUAUACAGCGGUUCAGAUGAUACAAACAUUAUUGAGUGGGACCUGCAGACAGGCAAGGCACGAAGUAAGUGGAAGGCGGACCGUGCGGCCGUGACCAGUUUGUGUGUGAGCCACGAUGGUAAACUGCUGCUUUCGGCUGGGCAGAUAAUCAAGAUGUGGGACUUGGACACCAAGGAGGUUUACAGGAAAUUCACAGGCCACUCCACAGCUGUGACGACCCUGCGCUUUGCCACCACGAGACCUCCUGACAGCAACGGCCUCUAUUUCCUGUCUGGUGCUGCUCACGACCGACUGCUCAGUGUAUGGCAAGUACGAGAGGAUGGAAAGGACAAGAACUCGGUGGUGUCCUUCACACUGACGGACGAGCCGCAGCACAUCGAUCUUGUCACGUCCAACAGCAAGGAAGAGGCGGUGAGGCUGGCAGUGGUGUGUAAGGACGGACAGUUGCAUCUCUUUGAGCACUUUUUAAAUGGGCCUUGUAAGAAGCCCUUGUCACCCUCAUGUACGGUGCAGAUGUCAGACACAAAGGACUCCCCAAUGCCGAUCCCCCUGCUGGCAGCAGCCCUCAGAGCUGAUACUAGGACUGUGGUGCUGGCCUACGGCAACCACCUACAGCCUGUGAUGGAGAGAGCGGAAAUCAACACAGCAGAAAGACAUGUGUGCUUGACCCGGGAUGUUCAGACGAGCUUGUCCCUUUCCAUGGAAACCACUGUCUCCAAGGUGAAAACCCCGAUUGUCAACGCCAAGAGCAGAGUAUUGGUCCCAGGGCUUCCAGGCCACCAAGCCCCAGUUAAAGGAUCAGAGAAGAGGAAAAAAGACACAGACACCAAAGAGAUGUCAAUAGCAGAGCGACUAGGUGAAAUUGAUCUGUCUACAGUCUCCACCGAGAAAGGAGCUCCUAAAGGGACGGCCUCUUUACAGACAGACAAUUUUGCUGUGCUGCUGGUGCAGGGCCUGGAGAGCAAUGACGCCAGCAUCCUAAAUAAAGUUUUCCAGACUCGCAAAGAGAUGGUAAUAAAGAAAACGGUUGCUCGGUUACCCCUCCCUGCAGUUUUACCAUUAGUGGAAGAGAUCACAAAGAGGCUCCAGGGGCAUCCUUUUACGGCCGUUCUAAUGGUACGGUGGCUCAAGGCCGUGCUCAUGCACCACACAUCAUACUUGGCAUCGCUGCCAGACCUGGUUACCCAGCUGGGGGUGCUUUAUCACAUGAUUGAGAGCAGAGUGAAGAUGUUCCACAAGCUAACAAAGCUGCAUGGGAAACUGUAUCUCCUGAUGACACAGGUGGCGACAAGUGACAGCAGUAACACAAUUACAGAUGUUGACCGCACAGCUAAGCUGGUGUAUGAAGAGGAAUCAUCUGAUGAAGAUGAGGCCUCUGGUGAUGAAGGUCUUCCUGAUGACGACUCUGAUAACUGGGAAGAGGAGGCAGAUGAGGAAGAUGAGGAUCCAGAUAGCAGACAAGAAUCCAAAGCUAACGGAGAGGAAGACAUGGAGCACGAGAACGAGAGCGAAGAAGAAUGAAUGAGGAAAAAAAAAAAAAAGAAAUGCCAAUCACACAUAAAAUGGACCUGAAAGAGUUAUAUAUACUUUCAUUUUAUUUUCAUGCUUUUGAUUUUAUUAUCAGAACAAAGUAUGGUUUUACAGAAUCAAGGGACAGAUGUCGGAACGUGGGCAGCUCGGCCCCCUGCCUCGUCACAACGUAAUUCAGCCGCAGCGUCGGUGAUGUGAUGCUCGCUGUCUUUCCCCUCCCGUCUGAGGAUCAGAUGCAGCAUUUUAGGGAGGAGGAGGCAAAAACGAUGUGAGUUCUCCCCCUCUGCUCCAUCAGAUCAGUCUGCAUACCAGCGCUAUAUCCCGAGUUUGCGCUGAAAACGGCUGAAAGAUACCAUCAGGUGUUGUUCCAGUUUGCCUACAUAGUAGUCUGCAUUCCAAAUUCUGUGUGGUUAUAUAAUAAAUAGUAUUAGGAUAUAUUGUACGUCCAGCUUAACAGUAGGUGAGACAGCAGUCUGUCUGUAAUUGGUUUACUCUAACUGAACUCUGUAGGUCAUCUGGAACGCUCCUGGUUGUUCAGCUGAGCCCACAGAUGCAAACACAGCUCAGGUGUGGAGUUGGGAUGCAGGCUCCCCGGCUGUUUGUUGUACAGAAAAUUGCUUUGUCCAGAGGUGGGCUUGCCAGGCAAGACUAUACAUCAUGUCCACUCCCCCCCCCCCCAUACACACACACACACACACACACACAAUGUAAAUCUGUAUGUACAGUGAAGUGUUUGUAUGAGCUCUUCCCUCUACAGCUGUCCCCCAGAAAUCCUUGGGAUUAAAUGAACUCCCAUGAAGUCGCCU